UGAGCAAGCUAGCACACAAGCACACGCUGCCAGAACAGCAAAGUUCGCUGCAGAUCGCGAUCAGGUCAGAAAAGGGCAUCACGAGAUUUGGUCGAUUAUAUAUUUAGGGCCCCCAGCGCAGCAGAGAGAGGCGACUCGAGUAGGCGCUGUCCGGAAAUUCCCCAAUUAAGCCCACCGUACCUGCCUGCUCAGCUUCUCUCUCCCUCCAGGCAGGCUCUCAGUCUCCACUGCUCCUCCGCCGGGCGUGCUCGACGCUGCUCGCGGGAGGGGACAUGUUGGCCUCCGCGUCGACGCCGGCCGCCGAGGAGAAGCAGGAGCUGGCGCCCGUGGUGCAGUGCAAGGGCGUCAACGACCUCGACAAGGUCGUCCUCCGCGAGGUCCGGGGCAGCUCCGCCGAGCAUCUUCAGCUUGGCAUCGAUGAUAAUAGAUGAGCAGCAUGGUGUUCAUUUUGGCUUCUUCACUGCUUUGACACAGUAACUGCUCAAGUAUCUUGAAAUCAACAAGCAGAAUGUUGGUGUACCUGUAUGGUGGGCAUGUGACAUCAUGGAAAGAUGAGCAUGGAGAUGAGUUACUUUUUGUUAGCAAUAAGGCUAUUUUCAAGCCUCCAAAAGCUAUACGUGGAGGAAUACCAAUCUGCUUUCCACAGUUUUCCAACUUUGGAAAUCUGGAACAACAUGGAUUUGCAAGGAAUAGAGUCUGGACCAUUGAUACUGAUCCGCCACCAUUUCCUGUACCAACCACCAAUACAGCUUAUAUUGAUUUAAUCCUUAAACCUACGGAAGAGGAUUUGAAGAUCUGGCCUCAUAGUUUUGAAUACCGUCUGAGGGUUGCACUUAGUCCUGGUGGUGAUUUGAUGCUAACUUCACGUAUAAGAAACACUAAUGCAGAUGGAAAGCCAUUCUCUUUCACCUUUGCAUACCACACAUACUUCAAGAUUUCUGAUAUCAGUGAGGUGCGAGUAGAAGGUCUGGAAACUCUGGAUUACCUAGACAACUUACAAGACAGAGCCCGUUUCACUGAACAAGGAGAUGCAAUUGUUUUUGAAUCUGAACUGGACAGAAUAUAUCUGGGCACACCAUCAAAAAUUGCCAUUAUUGAUCAUGAGAAGAAAAGAACAUUUGUUGUGAGGAAAGGAGGACUUCCUGAUGCUGUUGUUUGGAAUCCUUGGGACAAAAAGGCAAAGGCUAUGUCAGAUUUUGGCGAUGAUGAAUAUAAACGCAUGGUUUGUGUGGAGGCAGCUGCUAUAGAGAAGCCGGUUACUCUAAAGCCUGGUGAGGAAUGGACUGGAAAGUUGGAACUUUCUGCUGUGCCAUCUAGUUAUUACAGUGGUCAGCUAGACCCUGAUCGUGUGAUUCAGGAUUCAAGUGUCCCAGAGGAUUCAAUCAGCUAGUCCUUACUGUAAUUCUGUGCAGGUAGAGCUUAUAUCAUGUAUAAGGGACACUGGCAGCAAGGAUUAUCACAACGUUUCUUCUAUUCUAUUCAAAUCUUUGUUGUUUUAUGUUCGGGGGUGCAUAUUGAACCAAUGGAUGUGAAAUUGGUUUCCUUUUUUGGAUCUACGUGGCAUAAAGGACAAGUCAGUUUUCGUAGUUCGUACCCUGUAUAUGGACGUUUGAGGCGAGAAACAUCUUCCAUGGGUUGUAAAAUAAAGAAAAAAAAUCCUCUCUACCGUUAAUCCAUUGUCUUUAGAUGUAAGUUCUAUAUUAAACCUAGGAAGCAGAGAUGUUGUGGAAAUGGACACACAUAAUGUGCGAACUGUUCCAGGCAUUGUACCUUCUUGUGGUUGCAGGACAAAAUCUUCUCUAGACUCUAGAUGCAUUA